CACACGACAGAUCCAAAAUACGCGGCGGAAUUGAAUCGGUACUGCAUCAAUCAUCUGAAAUAAAACACACGUGCGGCAUGGACGCGAAAACGAGGCGCGCACUUGCGAUUAUUGUGUGCUUGAGUAACAUUUACUCAUCGAGUGCGUUUGGCGCGAAUUUUCGACGAAACUUGCCCAUCUUCACCUCUCAAGUGCAUUACAAUUUAACGAACGCCGAUGUCACGAUAGACAAAACGCCAUAUACAGACUUCGAAACAUUUGGUUCCUCUUCCGAAAAACUGAACGUUUGUGAUGACUGUGUUUGCGGAGUUGCGAGACAUUCGCGAAUUGUUGGCGGUAAUGUAACGAGCGUUCACGAGUAUCCCUGGCUUGUGAGCAUGUACAAGAGAGGCACGUUUUACUGCGCCGGUAGUGUAAUAACGCGUAAACACGUCCUCACAGCAGCACAUUGCUUGUCAGGAUUUGAUAUUAAAAGCAUCACGCUUGUCUUAGUGGAUGCGGACCAUCCUAAGAUAGGCAAGAGCGCUAUAGUUCGAGGAAUUCACUCAGUGACAAUUCACGAAAACUACCAGGCUUAUUCUUACGAUAAUGACAUCGCGAUCAUACAGAUGGAUCAACCUGUGAUCAUAGGCGAUGCUAUACGAACGGCGUGUCUGCCCGAAGACAAAAACAUCGAUUACACGGGGGCAAACGCAACCAUCGUUGGUUGGGGUCGUACUGGAGAGCACAAACCUUUGAGUGACGAGUUGCGUAGAGUCAACGUGCCGAUUUUGUCAAUGGAGGAAUGCGCUCUAGCGGGAUAUGCGAAAGAUCGCAUUACCGAAAACAUGUUCUGCUCUGGCUUUCUUCAAGGGGAAUUCGAUGCUUGUUUCGGUGACAGCGGCGGCCCGCUUUUAGUUAAAGGUGUACAUGGACAACUCGACGUAAUAGGUCUGGUCUCUUUCGGUCGUGGCUGCGCUCGUCCAUCAUUCCCGGGAAUAUACACAAAAUUGACUAAUUAUAUUGACUGGUUCAAGGAUCACCUGCACGGCGAGUGCGUCUGUCAUCGGCCGCAUCAGCGAGUGAAUUAAAGACACGUUGUAAAUUAAAUUUUGUAAAUAGAUUAAACGCGCGCGCGAGCGCGCGCACUCCGUACUACUUACAGACGAAAUAGCAAAUGAUUAGAUUAGCGUUGCAAUAUUUAUUAUUUUGUUUCAUCGCUAAGCUGACAAAAAAAUUAUUUAUGAAAUUCUUCUGUUUCGGAUUCUAUUUAAGUAGCUGUUACAUGACUAUGUCACACGCACGCACAUGCAAGCGUGCGUGUGCGUUUGCAAAAUUCAGAAAAAAUUGUUAUCAACUAUUUUCUGUAAUUAUGCAUAUGUAUUAUUUCGCGCAAUAAGUAUUGCGAUAAAAGGCGCAAUCACGUUACGGUCGGAGAAAUGUUACUUGCUUUUUUGAGUGUACUCUUACUUGAUACUGUGCAACAUUGGGAAAGUCCCAUGCUCUUAAUAUCACAUAAACCAGUCCCAUCAAUCACGUGACUUUUGAACAAGGUUGCAAGUAGUCCGUUAUAUAUCAAUUGAACUUAAACUGAGUGACGUUGAGAGCCACAAAGUUGCGUCACGACAUUCAAACUAUUGAAUACGUGUCUAGUCCAGUGUA